AUGACGUCCAACACUUUACGUGGGUUGCCGCGGAUCUCUUCGAUAAAUCCUUUCUACCACCUGUUUCUAAUAGCAAUCUCAGUCGCUCUACUCCCGAUCGAUACCUCGAUUCUCCUGGCAUCUUAUCUGCUGGGGUCCCUUCCGCUUCCCGGAGAUGGCCCCAACCUGCGACGACAUACUGUCUUGCAAGACGCUCAGUUCUAUCCCAAGACGGUCCUUAUCACAGGAGUGGACACACCGCAUGGCCUGGCACUGGCACGGCUCUGGUACUAUGCGGGCCAUCGGGUGGUAGGUGCGGACGUCGGCAAUCUCGCCGUACGUUCGGCCGGUAGUAUGUCGAAAACCAUAAGCGCAUACUAUCACAUCCUCAAACCCCAAUACGUGUCGUGUCUUCUCGACAUUAUCAACAGGGAGAAGGUCGAUCUCUGGAUCCCAUGUUCAGACAUGCCAUCGGCCACAGAGGACGCUAUGGCCAAGGAGAUCGUCGAGAGUAGAACCGAGUGCAAGUGCAUUCAUUUCGGCACAGAUCUAGCAACCGUCUUCAGUCAAAAAGAAACCUUCACGCAAUGGGUCUUCGAAAAGGGGCUGCCUCUGCUCGAGAGACACCAGGUCCGUUCUCGAGAUGCGGUACACAAGAUCUUACAUCGGUCUCCGACCAAGACGUAUCUCAUGCGCAAGAUGAAACCCGCGGAAGCAGACAAACUUGAUGCUCUCAGUCUACCGAAGAGGACCCCUAGCCAGACAUAUUCGGAUGUAAGCGUCAUAAAGGUCACCAAGGAUGAACCGUGGGCCCUGUACCAGCAAGUGCGAGCGGGAGAGUACUUUGCAGACAUGCUCUUGGUUCACGGUCAGAUAAAGGCUUUCAAGGCACGCCCCGCACGUUCUGAGUCGGGUUUUGGAGAAUCCCGCCUCGAUGAAGGACUAUCGAUGGCUAUGCACAAUGUCAUGCAAACCUUGGCCGCCAAAGGAGGAUCCCGGAUGACGGGUCAUCUCUCAGUCAAGCUGCUGGUAGAUGAAGAGAUCACCGGCAAUUCUGUCAAGCAUGUUAUCUAUAUUGGAGACUGUGAGCAGGGCACGGCUGCGGUCAAGAGCCUCCUCCAAGACCCUACCAGCAAUCUAGCGCCCGCCUACCUAUCAGCGCUAACCCCGCACGUCGUCAGUUCCUUGGCUAGGCAGACCGAACACCUGUUCAUCUGGCAGGACCCGCGCUUCUGGCGACUCGAUCCGCUUCCUUGGUGGUGGGAAGCGCAUGUGUGUCGGCCGCUGAAGGAGUUCAACGAGCUCUCGAACGCGACUAAAGCUGCCAAGACGUCAUGA